GCCGACAAGCAAAUCCUGUGUAUCACCAUUCUGCUUGGGCUGAACUACAGUGAGAAUCCGCUGGUGAAAGCAGCCGCCGCACGCGCUCUAGGGGUCUACGUGGUUUUCCCACGUCUUCGCCAGGACGUGAUGUUUGUUGCUGAUGCAGCAAAUGUGAUCCUGAACUCACUCUCCGACUGCUCUCCAAACGUCCGUGCCAAAGCAGCCUGGUCCUUGGGGAACUUGACAGACACUCUGAUCAUCAACAUGGAGCUCAUGGGACAAAGCUUUCAGGAUGAAUUCUCAGAUCUCCUCCUGUUGAAAAUGCUGCGAGCAGCAAUUGAGGCUUCUAAGGACAAAAAUAAGGUGAAAAGCAACGCAGUCCGUGCCCUGGGAAACCUCCUUCAUUUUCUCCAGCCGGCUCACGUAGCCAAUCCCAGGUUUAGUGAACCGAUUGAGGAAGCUGUGCAAGCCCUGAUCUCGACGGUGUGGAGCGAAGCCACCAUGAAAGCUCGCUGGAACGCUUGCUAUGCCCUCGGCAAUGUCUUUAAAAACAUCGCCUUGCCACUGG